UCAAAGGCCCCACAACCAAUCUUCCUUUUACAAAACCAUGCCGUCAUCUUAAUUUUCAUGUUGGUAAUUCAACCCACUCGUAGGGCCAUAAAAAAAAGAUCAACAAAUAGUUUUCUACUAUCAUCAUGAUGGAGACAUGAACAACAACAACAACAUCUUCAACAACAACAACAACAACAACGACUUGUUCAUCAGCCACAAAUUCCAAGGUGUAUGUUUCUAUUUCUCUUCCCUUUUUCUCCUUGAAUUUGUCAAAACCACACACUAUUUUCAAAUGAACUUUGUUUGAGUUUUCUGGAAUCCGAUGAUCUUUUUUUGUUUGUGCUAGGUAAUGUUGUUUUGAUUUGUUAAUCUUUCAAAAUAUUCUUUCAUUCUUUUAUGCAUAUAAUAACUAUAUAUUCUUUUUGUUAUUAUUAAUACAACAAAUUCAUUAUAAUUAUAGAACUAGCACUCACAAUCACAAUCACAGAUUCAAUUCAUAUAGGAACACAUUGUUUGAAUUUGUAAAGAAAAAAAAAAGUAAAGUUUGAUUGGAUUUUAUACAUUCAUCGGAUUCCUUUUUUUAUAAUCAGAAUUUGAAAGGAUUUUUUCACACACACACUUAGAUUCUGACACUGCAUUUCUCUUCUCUUUUGUAACAUACACAUGCAAAUUGAGUUUUAGGGGAAAAAACCGAAAACAAAACAAAAUUUCUUCCACAUUUGAUCACUAAAUUGAGAGAAAAGGGAAGAGAAAAAAAGAAGCAGAAGCAUUGGGGUGAGAGAGGAAACAAAGGUGACAAAAACCAUAGACGAUGUUGGCUGGUUGUUCUAGCUCGACAUUGUUGUCACCAACUCACAGGUUAAGGAGUGAAGCAUCAGCACAGUUUCAAGCUUGUCAUUUUCAGCUACCAUCAAUGAGCACACAGAGAUUGGACUUACCUUGCAGCUUCCCUCGGAAAGAUGGUUCUUCGCGUUCGCAGCAGCCAUUGAGGCCGGUGGGGAUAUCAGUGGAGAAGCCUGAAGUCAAGAACAACAGCAGCAGUACUUGUUCUCUGCAGCAGAACAUUCGGUUACCGCCUUUAGCAACAACUGCUCAGUCAUUGGGAGAAAUCAAGGAUGAGGAGUUUUGGGAGAAGGGUGGGAGGAGCUUGAAGAGGCUUGCAGAACAUGGAUCUUUGGAUGAGUCUUUUGCAAAUAGAGCUAAGAGGAAAAAGGGGAAUGGUGGUGAUGAGAAUUUUGAUGAAUUUGAAAGGGAAAGUUUCAGUUUGGCACAAUUUGGAGCUGGAAACUUUUGGUCUGUUCACAGUUUUGGAGGGUUUAAUAGCCCUUCACUUCCUUUCUCUUUGAAUUGUUCUGGAGAUGAGGAAAGGGUUUGUUUUGCUCCUGCUGAAGUGAUUUCUGCACCUUUGCCUUUGUCUAACAAUCCUUGGCUUGAAUCUGCUGUAACAAAGAUCACCAAUUUCGGUGAGGGUAGCCACCAACAUCAACACCAUCAUCAUGUCAAUGAAGGUUCAGUCUCUAAUGGUUCAUCGGAGAGUCAGAGUUUGAGCUUGAGGUUGAAUGAGAAUGCAUCAGAACAUGAAGAGGGUAAUGGUUCAGGGAAUCCUUAUCAGCAUGAAGGUACUGAAGUGGAGACAGGAGAAGAGGACGAAGAAGAGGAGCAUCGUGGUUUUGAGCUUUUGAGCUUGCUUACUGGUUGUGUCGAUGCCAUUGGGUCAAGGAAUGUGGCUGCAGUCAACCAUUUCAUUGCAAAAUUGGGUGAUCUUGCAUCUCCAAGAGGAACUUCGAUAAGCCGAAUUUGUGCUUAUUUUACAGAAGCCUUAGCCAUCAGAGUCACUAGGCUUUGGCCUCAUGUUUUUCAAAUCAGUGCCACUUCUCGCGAUUUUGACAGGGUGGUGGAUGAUGAUGAAACUGUCACUGCAUUGAGGCUUCUAAACCAGGUUACCCCAAUUCCCAAGUUUCUUCAUUUCACAUCGAAUGAGAUGUUGUUGAGGGCUUUUGAAGGGAAAGAAAGGGUUCACGUUAUUGACUUCGACAUAAAGCAAGGACUACAAUGGCCUAGCUUCUUCCAAAGUUUAGCAUCAAGAACUAAUCCUCCAAGCCACGUUCGAAUCACAGGCGUGGGGGAAUCGAAGCAAGAGCUGAAUGAAACUGGAGACAGGCUUGCUGGUUUCGCUGAGGCAUUGAACCUUCCCUUUGAUUUUCAUCCAGUGGUGGACAGGCUUGAAGACGUGAGGCUUUGGAUGCUUCAUGUGAAGGAACAUGAAACUGUGGCUGUGAACUGUGUUUUGCAGCUUCACAAGACACUUCAUGAUGGUAGUGGAGGAGCAUUGAGAGACUUUUUGGGCCUCAUUCGUAGCACCAAUCCUACAAUUGUUGUUAUGGCAGAGCAAGAAGCGGAACACAAUGAGGCAAGGUUGGACUCAAGAGUAUGCAAUUCAUUGAAAUAUUACUCAGCGCUGUUUGAUUCGAUUGAUCACAGUGGCCUUCCAUUAGAGAGUCCGAUGAGGAUCAAGAUAGAGGAGAUGUUAGCUAGGGAGAUAAGGAACAUCGUUGCUUGCGAAGGAAGGGACAGGUUGGAGAGGCACCAGAGUUUUGGGAAUUGGAGAAAGAUGAUAGUGGAGCAUGGAGGGUUCAGAUGCAUGGGAGUCACUGAUAGGGAACUGAUUCAGAGCCAGUUUCUGUUGAAAAUGUAUUCUUGUGAUAAUUACAGUGUUCAGAAGCAGGAGCAGGAAGGAGCAACAGCACUUACUUUGGGUUGGCUUGAUCAACCUCUCUACACAGUAUCUUCUUGGACACCGAUUGACGUUGCUGGAAGCUCAUCCUCUUUUUCUCAGCCAGCUUGAAUUCAUUCAUUGCCACAGAUUUUCUUUACUUCAUACAUUGUUUCAGAGUCAGAUACAUACAGAAACAGCAAAAAGGGUAGGAGUCAGCAAGGGAAUUCUUUGUUGGUAGAAAAAUUGUCAUUAUUAUUCUUUCAUUCUUUAUUGCAGAUAAGAUUUACUAGUUCAAAGGGUAGUUAGUGCAAUUUAUUUGUAUUAAUACAUCAAUAUUUUCUGUUCUUAAUUUUAUAGUCAAGUCAAGAUUUCCAGAUAUACAUUUGAAGUCAAAUUCUGCUUCACUAUUUCAUUUUUUAUGUAUUCAUUAUCAAGUCGUUGUACUAUUUGAAGGUGAAAUGAAAUUCAUUACAAUUCAUUCUAAA